AUGUUUGGUCAAUGGCUCUGCAGCAGAGCAUCUGCAUAUCAAAAUGCUCACAGCCUUGCGGCGGAACAAAUGGGUGGUGGCCCAGCGAAACAGCAUUCAAAAUGGAAUGCCCGGACCCACUCAACAAAUGCAGAGAGCGAAAGAAGAGGAGGCGGAGCUAAGCCAGCUGCAGAUUCCGGUGGAAGAAAUGGAGGCGCCAAGCCCCGCCCGAAAGCCUACUGCUUCCAGUGUGACGGCCCUCAUCAUCUAGAGAAUUGCGGAAACUUUAAAAGGCUGUCAUCCAAGGACCGGCUAUUCUUCUGCAUUCGGCAUAGGUUAUGCUUUUGCUGUUUCAGACCCAAACAUUCUACACGUGAAUGCCCAACGAAGAGGCCCUGUUCAGUACCCGACUGCAAGCACUGGCACCACGUCCUACUGCAUGAAGAUAAUGAAACUCAACCAGAGGAGGCUGCACGACCCGCGGCGGCCCGUUCAAAUUCAGCCAAGGUCAGGACGUCGGUCGGAAUGAUCCCGAUGGAGGUUUUCGACAUCGACGGAAAUAUUGUUCAGGCGAACGGCUUUGUAGACGAAGGAAGCGAUAGCACUCUCUUCCGAGAAGGCUUUGUUCGACGUCUGCGAUUACAGGGGAGCGCGCAGACACUCACAGUCGACGGCGCCGGUGGAAUAGUCAAGAAGUACACGUCCCGAUGCAUCCAGCUGCGGAUUAGAUUAUCUUCCGGCGAGAACAUUGACCUUUGCGGAUCUAUGAUGCCGACUGUGGCAGCUUGGUGCCUGUCAUCGACUGGGAGUUGA